UUGUACAGUUUUCAGCGGAUUCUGAUAAUCUUAUACUACUAGACCUACUCUACUACCUCAACUGAAUGACAAAAAAGUAAAUACAACUUUUUUUUUUGUAGCACCGUGUUAUUGUUCGAGAUUGUCGAUGUCACUUUUGCCGGGAAUGGGCCUCACUUUUUAAUUGCUUACCUAGCACAAAAUAGGUCCUGUUGGAAAAAAUUCUUCUUCGCUUGAUCUCCAGGCUGUCAUUAUUGCUGUUAUUUUAUGCUGCAUCCUAGCAUGUCUUCUCGGCCUGCGCCACCAAAUGCAAACGCUGCAAUAACUCGCUCUUCUGCAGCACCAGUUCCAAAUGUACAAGCAACGGCUUCUCCCUCUCAAAGUACCCCCGUACCAGCUUCAGCAGCACCACCUCGGGUUGCAGGGCCAAACCGUAACUCAACAAGAGUUCUCCCACCCGCGGCAACAGUUCAGAGUGCACCACCAACAGCUUCACCCCCUCAAAUUGUGCCUGCACCAGCGACAACAGGUGGCACAGCGCCAAGCGCAGCAGCAUCAUCUCCACCAGUACCCGCCACGCAAGUAGGACCUGCCUCAGCAUCUUCUCAAAAAACCUCACCACCUCCAAUACCUCAACCGCCAAUUUUUAUCGACGGAGUAAAUAAGUUAAUAAUCAUAUCAGAAUGCGCCACCUAUGCCCAACUAUUAAACGAAGUUGGACGAAAACAUCUAUUGGUCGAAUUUUUUGCACCUUGGUGCGGAGCUUGUAUGUUAAUUAAUAGAAAACUUGAAGAACUAGCAAAUACGUAUAAUGGCAAAUUGAUCAUUGCAAAAGUUAAUAUUGACGACUGCGAGCAAAUAGCGAUUGAUAAUGACGUCAGUAUGAUGCCAUCGUUUUUAUUGAUGAAAGAAAACCAAAUAUUGGAAAAGUUUGCUGGGAGUAAUGAAGAAAAACUAAUUAACACUAUUAAAAAGUAUGUCGGAGAGCCGACGAACGGCAUAGAAGAGACAAAUAGCCUUACAGCGGAGCCAGGAAUCUAGGUCGA